AUGGAGUCUUCGGUUGGGUUUUUGCUCCUGUUUUCUCUGCCCGGAAUUCGUUCCCUGGGAGAGAUGGCCUGUCGGAUAGCCGUGGAGCAGAACGUCCAGGUGACAUAUCUGUACCGCUGUGCCAGCUGUCCAGCUUCAUUUGAUCCUGAGCACUCUGCUCUAGAACUGGAGCUGUAUCGCUGCGUGGGUAGUCGACUGCCAGUGGUCACAAGGAACAUCGAGGCCCAUGAGCUUGAGCCAUUGCGCUCCACGGAUAGUUUGAGUAUCUUCCACAUCGUAGCGGGCGAAAAGGGUGAUGCCCUGGUUCGCCGAAUCCUGGAUAUGCUGAAUCCCCGCCAGCCACGCAAACAUCUCCACAAGUACAUAUUUAUUUGGCCCGAUGCCAAGCAGGAUCAGCUAUUGACUCUCUUCCGGGGAAGUUGGGCCAAGCAACUGCUCUACGGAUUGGCCAUUACCCAUGCAGGUAAUGGCUUCUUCGACUUUGACCCAUUUGCAUUGGGGGGUCUGCGAGUGAUACAGCGGUCGGCAGGGGAUUCGUAUUACCCCCGUAAGAUGAAGGACUUAAGGGGUUAUCCUAUGCGCUUCUCCAUGUUCAAGGAUCCUUUGAUGGCGGUGCCCAGCGAUCCGGUGGAGAGUGCUGGCUAUAAAGCGGUGGAUGGAGUAGCUGCCCGAGUGGCCGCCCGGAUGUUAAACGCAUCCGUAACCUACGUCCUGCCAGCGGACAACGAAUCCUACGGCCGCUGCCUGCCUGACGGGAACUUCACCGGAGUGGUCAGGGACCUGGUUGGUGGUCACACCCACUUUGGACCCAACUCCCGCUUCGUGCUCGACUGCAUCUGGCCGGAGGUGGAGGUGCUGUAUCCGCACAAACGUCGCACACUCUACUUGGUGGUUCCCGCCUCCGAAGUUCAACCGGAGUACCUGAUCUUCGUGCGCGUCUUUCGGCGAUCCGUGUGGCACCUGCUGCUGGUCACCCUUUUGGUGGUGGUGCUUCUCUUCUGGCUAAUGCAAAGACUUCAGAAGGGGAUUCCCCGGCGACAAGUUAACCAGUUUCAGGCCACCUGGUAUGAGAUUCUUGAAAUGUUCGCAAAAACGCACGUGGGCGAGCCGGCAGGACGACUCUCGUCGUUUAGCUCCAUGCGCACCUUCCUCAUGGGCUGGGUCCUCUUCAGCUACGUUCUGACCACCAUUUACUUUGCCAAGCUGGAGUCCGCAUUCGUGCGACCGAGUUAUGAGGCGCAGGUCGACCAGGUGGAUGCACUCGCCCAUCUGGAUGUGCACGUCUUCGCGGUGACCACCAUGUAUGAGGCAGUGAAGCCUGCCCUGUCGGAACACCAAUAUCGCCUGCUGGAGAAUCGUAGUCGCCAGUUGCCAUUGGGUCUGACUACAUCCUAUUACCAACUGAUGGUGAGCCGUCGAGAUCGGCGAGCGGCCUUCAUUAUGCGCGAUUUCCACGCCCGAGACUUCCUGGCCCUCACCUACAAUUCCCAGACGGAGCGACCCUCAUACCACAUCGUCAAGGAGUACCUGCGCUCCAUGAUCUGCACCUACAUCCUGCCCAGAGGAUCGCCCUUCCUGCAUCGCUUCGAAUCGCUUUUCACCGGCUUCCACGAGCACGGAUUCUUCGAGCACUGGCGUCAAAUGGAUUUGAUCACCCGGGAUGGAACCUCGCCGAAUGCCGAGGAGUUCUACGAGGAUCUGGGAGAUCAGACGGACACGGAUCCGGUCACCAACGAGGCGGCAGUGCGACGCAAUAAGCGGGUUGUCCUCACCCUGGACAUUCUGCAGGGCGCCUUUUAUCUCUGGUCAGUGGGCAUUGGACUGAGCUGCCUGGGAUUCGCCCUGGAGCAGGUCCAUCACUUUUGGAGGAUACGGAGCCCAAGAAUUUUAGCUGAAUCCAGAAAUUCGUUGAAAAACCUCUAA